AUGUUGCGUCAAUGUGUAAUUUUGGCGGUCUUUGGCAGUGCACUGGCGGGUCCUGUAGCGAGGCCGCAGCAUCAAUACCAGGCUCAACAGCAGCAGGUCGAGGGCAUCCCACCGCAUCUUCUACGACAAUACAUCGGGCAGCAGGCGCAGGCAGUACAGGCACCCACACAAGUCAUUGCCAGGCCGGUCGCUGCGGCUCCCGCUCGUCUUCCCUACUCAGCACAGAGUGAGGACUACCAGCCGCAAUACCAACAGCAGUACCAACAACCACAGCAGCAAUACAGACCGCAAUACCAGCCUCAGAGGCAGCAACCCGUCCAGGAGCCACAGGAAGAUUAUGACCCUCAUCCAUCUUACCAGUUCGGUUUCGACGUGAACGAUGACCAGUACACCAACUACCAGAACCGCAAGGAACAAAGGGAUGGUGACGUCAUCAAAGGAUCCUACUCAGUGGUCGACAGUGACGGCUUCGUCAGAACUGUCACAUACACCGCCGACCCUAAGGAGGGGUUCAAGGCUGAGGUAUCGCGACAACCCACCGACAUUGUAGUGAAAAUUCCGACGCCUAAGCCCCAAUUGCUGCAGCACCAGCAGCCCCAGCAGCAUCAGGUCGCCCACGUGCCCAGGCCGCAGCCACAACCCCAACACCAGCAACAGGCACCACCUCAGUAUUACCGUUACGAACAGUAA